AUGGUUAAAGUUGAAUCAACAGAAGCACAUCUCGAGAACGGCGCAAGGCCAUACCCUACUUACAUAGAUGAUCCAGAAGAUGAACCUAAUGGUAAAAAAAGGAAAUUACAAUUGAAGUACAUCAGCAACAAAUCUAGACGACAAGUAACCUUUUCCAAAAGACGAAUAGGAUUAAUGAAGAAAUGCUAUGAACUUUCAGUAAUGACAGGAGUAAAUAUGUUACUUUUAGUAGCAUCAACUGAUUCAAAAUUAGUAUACACAUUUUCCACACCCAAGCUGCGACGGUUCAUCGAGGAAAAUGAGGGUAAAAGUUUAGUUCGCAAUUGUUUGAAAAAAGAAGACAGCUAA